UGCUAAAUUUCGAACACUGUUAAAGAAAAGUCGGAAAAUUCAAUAGAUGAAGAAGUGUACAAUUGCAAUAAAAUAAUUUUAAGAUUGCAAAUAAUGCAAUAAAUUUAAAUAUUUCAUUUACGGAAACAAUUAAAGCAACAACUAUUAAAGGAAAAGAUACGAAAACAAUUCAAGCAGAAAAUAUAUAUAAACGUUAAUCAAAAUAUUACACACAAUGCCAUCUUGUGGUGGACCAGUGUAUCAACCCACAACGGUCUCGUAUGAGCCACGUUCAGGAGGCGGUAAUGGUUCUGGAGGUGGUCUAGGAUUUUUGGGACCAGCCUCCUCCAUUGGAGUUGAUUCUCCCCUGCGUAUAUUUCGUAAACCAAAACCACAAUUGGCUCUUCUCUUGUUCGCUUUAAUAUCCUUGGCCGCCGGAAUUGCUAUGCUAGCUAGCGGUGCUGCUGACUGGAUUGAAGAUCAAGAAUUCGUUAGACAACAACAGCAGCAGUUACCCAUUGAACAAACCACUGACGAUGGAGUAAGUGAAACCCAAACAGAAGCUGUAACACCAUGUGUCAAUAUACCAUUGGGCAUAUUGUUGGGCGGUGUUUUUAUGACUUGUCUAGGCAUAGUUGGAAUGGGACUCUAUUUAAAAGUUGCUGACUGGCGCCGCAACUGUGUAUGUCCUUGUCCGUGUCCAUUUUUCGAUAAGAAACAGUCGUUGGCUCGUCAAUUACAAUGUCAAAAUGUUGAUGGCGGUUGUGGCCAAGGCAUUAUGGCCUUGAAUCCUUCCACAGAUCCUUUAGUUUCGCACACACAAUAUGCUCCGGUUUCGGAGUUGCCCUCGUUGCGUGCCGAUGAUGAGGAACGUCGUAAUUUGAUGCCCGAUAAUAAAGAUUGUCUCAGCAGUGCUGAAGAAUCUGAUCGCAUGCUUGAACCAGAUCCAAGAAUUGUUUUACGUCCUGUGGGACGUGUUGAAGAUGCUUAAAUGAUAAUUAACACAAUAAUUAAUAAUAAUUCAAAUAGCAGCGAAUGAAAAAUAUAUAAAUGUAACAAGAAAUCUCAACAAUCAACACCAACAACAACUCUUAAUAUCUAUUUUAAUUAUUU